GAGCUCUUUCCGGUGGAGACGUGGCUAGAGGUCCUUCCAUAUUGAGCCUGUAAGUUAAACAGACGCAAGUUUCACUCCGCAUUAAUAUUAUAUUUUAGACACUAAUACGUGGUAUUAUAUUACGGAAACUGCACAAGGAUUUGUAGCACAAGGGAUAACAACAAAAUGGUGAGUUAUGAAAUGUAAUUGAUCUACUGUAUUUAGCAGCUAGCUAGCUGUCUUGUUCGGCUUGACUGUGAACAUUGCAGUUGCAGAUAGCUAACAAUUUAGCUACAGUAGCUAGCAAGUUAACAUUGAUCAUUUUGCUGCGUAUGCAGGCAAAUAUACUUCCCUUAAGUAUAUAUUGGGCCGUAUAUCAUUAGCUAACGUUAGCUAGCUAUCAAUAGCGCUUUCAUGCACCAUCUCAUCGAUAAAUGCCAGCUCAGCUAACGUCAGCUAGUUAGCGUUUACGUCUGUUUUGUAGCAGCAGGCCUCACUAGCUAGCUAACGUUAGCUAUAUUGGCUUUCAGCUAGUUAAUUGUGAGUCAUUUAACUGGUAUUGGUUAGAUGGCAAAGUUUACAACAUAGCCACUCUAUAAAUGACUAGUGAAAUGUCUAGAUGUCAUUCCCGGCCUAGCAUGACUCGAGUUAAAAUUGAGGAUCCCAGCUUCUAUACCAAGCUUGCCAAUGUAAUACCUGUGUGAGGCUACCCACAAUAGUGGAAUGGUCCAUGCUAUCCGGGAUCCCUAGGACGUCCCUACCCCGUUGAAGUUAACAUUUUAAAAUGGGUAAGGGUUAGGUGGAACCACUACUUGGGCUUGAGGAGAGGAGGAAUAUGACAAGAUCUCAGUCUAACGUCCAGGAUCCUUCAAUUCAAAGUCCGUCCCAACAUUAGCCAGCUCUGCAAACGUUAUGUCAAAAAACGUUCGGUACUUAUUAAAAUAUGGAGUUUCGCAGAGCAACUUAAGUAAUUACUGCCGUUACGCACGGUAUGUACAAAAAAAUAUCUAAAUACAAAUAAAAUCAAUGAUCUUUAUGGAAACUGUACUGCUACCGAAGGUAUCAAAAACAAUAGAUAAUGCUAAAGAAGGUUGGAAAGUUAUAUAAUUUAAAAGUAUUACAAUAAUUAAUUAAUUUGACAAACCGUAAAAAAGAAACUGUUCAAAUCCCACUGUGGAUUUAUUAGACUGCAUAAUUGCAUUGGGGGCAUACAUAUAUGCACCUAUGGAGUGUGCACCCAUGAAACAGGGUAUCAGCUAUAGAACAACCAACAUUGAACAGGAGCUCAGGCAGUAUAAAAUUUGAGGUGCUGGUUCUCUGCUCCGGUGGGCUCCUGCCCAAGUCAAGCACUGCUUCUUAUCCCUUGCGCAAAUAGCUUACAAUUGUGUCUUUCCCGAGCUCACUGGCGCUGAAACUCUGAGGGCCCAGAAUAUUUUAUACAAUGUGGCAAGUUCGCUAGCGCAAGCUUCUGGUUGGACCCAAGUUAAUAGUUGAUACAAUGUUUCAAGUUCCUUGCAGAUAGCCAAUAUGAUUAAUAGGCUAUAUUUAUUUAUCAGUAUAUUUUCUAAGCCUGCAGGCUGCAAUGUUUUUAUUUGUUGGCUUUAUGUAGGCUAUUUUUACAUGGUUGGCAAUGGCAAUAGAAGUUACUUUUGAUCAUUUUCAACAAGCCAUGAGGUCGAAGGAAUUGUCCGUAGAGCUUCGAGACAUGAUUGUGUCAAGGCAAAGAUCUGGGGAAGGGUACCAAGACAUUUCUGCAGCAUUGAAGGUCCCGAAGAACACAAUGGCCUCCAUCAUUCUUAAAUGGAAGAAUUUUAGAACCAAGACUCUUCCUAGAGCUGGCCGCCCGGCCACACUGAGCAAUCGGUGGAGAAGGGCCUUGGUCAGGGAGCUGACCAAGAACCCAAUGGUCACUCUGACAGAGCUCCAGAGUUCCUCUGUGGAGAUGGCAGAACCUUCCAGAAGGACAACCAUCUCUGCAGCACUCCACCAAUCAGGCCUUUAUGGUAGAGUGGGCAGACGGAAGCCACUCCUCAGUAAAAGGCACAUGACAGCCCGCUUGUAGUUUGCCAAAAGGCACCUAAAGGACUCUGACCAUGAGAAACAAGAUUCUCUGGUCUAAUGAAACCAAGAUUGAAGUCUUUGGCCUGAAUGCCAAGCAUCACUUCUGGAGGAAACCAGGCACCGCUCAUAACCUGGCCAAUACCAUCCCUACGGUGAAGCAUGGUGGUGGCAGCAUCAGGAUUGGAGGGAAAGAUGAACGGAGCAAAGUACAGAGAUCCUUGAUGAAAACCUGCUCCAGAGCACUCAGGACCUCAGACUGGGGAGAAGGUUCACCUUCCAACAGGACAAUGACCCUAAGCACACAGCCAAGACAACGCAGGAGUGGCUUCGGGGCAAGUCUCAAUGUCCUUGAGUGGCCCAGCCAGAGCCCGGACUUGAACCCGAUCGAACAUCUCUGGAGAGACCUGAAAAUAGCUGUGCUGCGACACUCCCCAUCCAACCUGACAGAGCUUGAGAGGAUCUGCAGAGAAGAAUGGGAGAAACUCCCCAAAUACAGUUGUGACAAGCUUGUAGCGUCAUACCCAAGAAGACUUGAGGCUGUAAUGGCUGCCAAAGGUGCUUCAACAAAGUACUGUAAAGGGUCUGAAUACUUACAGUAUGUAAAUGUGAUAUUUCAGUGUUUUGGAAAAAGUCAAGGGGUCUGAUUACUUUACGAAUGCACUAUACUUCCAGUUGAUUUGGGCAUCCAAUGUAUGGGACAUUGCAACUCAGAUGCUAGUCAGCAGGGGCGAACUGGGACCAGAAUGUGGCCCUGGCAUUUCUUUUUCUUUGAGGUCCCGACACCGCCCUGUUUUUUUUUUAGUUGAGGCCCCCAUUUAUUAGUCAGAUAAUGAUUAUAGGCCCAUUAGGCUAAACAUGUGCCAGUACACCCCUGCUAGUCAGCCUGCAAAGUUAACACUUCUAAGAUAAGACUAAACUAGAAUUUGUGGGCUUGCUUCAGGUGAAUAAAAAUAUUUGUAGCCUGCCAUUUGAUCUUUGAUAUAUUAAAUUAGUGAAUUAUUUCAAAAGGCAUAAAACGUGUUUGCUUUUAAUGUUGCAAUGUUAUACAUCAAGGGUGGUCAACCAUCCUCCAGGAAAGCUAAUGGGUGUGCAGGCUUUUAUUCCAGUCCCCCUCUAACAAACUACAUUCUAGAAAUUAGCUGCUCAACCAGACCUUGAUAAACUUGCUCUGAUGUGUUUGAGCACUCCCAGUAGGGUUGACCAUGUGUUUUAUUCAGUUGCCUAACAGGUAUUCUACUUUGGGGGGGGGGGGUUAAGUGCCUUGCACAACAACAGGAGAUGGUACAUGGGAUCAGAGAGCAUCCUCCCAGUGUCAAUACCACAGUACGCUUAAUUUUUUAUACGUACAGAGAGACGCCGCUAAUGGUUGGUCAUGGAAGUUUGGGAGAAGUCAUGGAAAAGUCAUAAAAUUCCAUCUGUCAAAAUGUGUAUGAAUCCUGAUAGAAGCAACACUCCAGCAUGUCACGCCUGUAUGGAAGGACAUCAUAUAUGCACUGCUGUUAGUUUGAGAAUAUAAAAGAACAUCUAUUAAAUGUAAAUGGGUCCAACGGAACAUGAUUUGCGAUCACGGAUGCUUAUGAAACUAGUGUUUUUUUUGUAAUUUUCAGUGAUCGGGAUAAUGUUUUUUUAUUUUUUCAGCUUUCAGGACAAUUCGAAACAACUCAGUUGGCUAGUUCAGCUAUCUGUCAAGCAAUGGACUGAUUGUAACUUGAUCCUACUACUACGAUUGGAUAUAGGGAGGCUGUAACUCCGAUCCCUUUCACAUCUCCUCACAUCUCUCUCCAUCGCUCACAUCACUUGGUGCUGUUUACUGCCACUAUGAGCACUAGCUCAAUUGCGAUGACAUAGUAUCGAACAAAGAGAGCGAGUGUAGGAAAAACGCUGCAAUGACGAUGCACGUUCUGUCUGAAUGACUCAUCUGUCCGUAGUUUGAGAAGUGAGAACGCACACGCUCGCUGAUCUACAGCUUCCUUGGUCCAUAAACAUGCAAGAAGAAUCUUGGGUAGCCAAACCUAUUGCCAACCUUUUUUUAUUUAGGUAUUACAAUCAUUUAAUCCGACAUCAACUGUCAAUUUAUGGAUACGAUUGCAGCUAGUCAGAUCAGCACACCAGUAAAUGGCUAACGUUAGACCCCAAGUCAGAUUGCUCGUUGCCGAAAAAUGGUGCAUGUUCAUAAUGAUAACCAGCUAACGUUAGCAAGCUGCUUUGGCUAUUGUCUCCUAUCUGAUAUCUUAGCACCAUGUUUAUCUAGCCAGCUAGCUAGCAUAGUAGCUAAGGUGUUCCUAAUAUUUUGUACACUCAGUGUAUAUUGUAAUAUUAGCUGAAUAGGAGCAACACUUGAAUAUGUUGGACUCACUCAUUGCUAUUCUGUAACUACGGCCUCCUCUUGUCCCAGGUGCUGUUGGCAGCAGCGGUGUGCACCAAGGCGGGCAAGGCCAUCGUGUCGCGGCAGUUUGUGGAGAUGACCCGGACGCGCGUGGAGGGCCUGCUGGCCGCCUUCCCCAAGCUGAUGAACACGGGCAAGCAGCACACGUUUGUGGAGACUGAGAGCGUGCGCUAUGUGUACCAGCCCCUGGAGAAGCUCUACAUGGUGCUCGUCACCACUAAGAACAGCAACAUCCUAGAGGACCUGGAGACACUACGUCUCUUCUCACGUGUGGUACGACACGAGGGGACCCCAAAAAAUCUCCACAUACCCUCACAGAUGCCCUGCUCACACGCACAUACACUCACAAAUAUCCUUAGUCACCCACCCACAGACUCACACGGUCUCACCCACACAUACUUCUAGGAGCGGCAGAGGACACCCAUUAUGUAAACAGUUUGUUAAGCGUAGCUCAAACAGUGUUUUCAAGUUGGAAGUAGCGUGAACCAUAUUUUUCAGUUUGGCAGAGCCUAAACAAUGUGUGCCACUGAGUAAAAGUAUCAGUGGGGAUAAUUUAUGUGAAGAAUAGAGCAUUGAUGACUAAGUGACCAAAUCUAUUACUCCUUUAGAUCCCAGAGUACUGUCGGGUGCUGGAGGAAGGGGAGAUCUCAGACCACUGUUUCGACCUGAUCUUUGCCUUUGAUGAGAUCGUGGCGCUGGGCUACAGGGAGAACGUCAACCUGGCCCAGAUCAGAACAUUCACUGAGAUGGACUCUCACGAGGAGAAGGUGUUCCGCGCCGUCCGAGAGGUGAAAGGAGAGCAGCAGCAGAACUAAUGAACAGAUUGCCAUUACAUUAUUACUGAGUCUAACAGCAGUCUGAAUGAAGGGGAGCAGCAGAACUGAACAGCAUUACAUUAUUAUUGUAAUAUAGCUGAAUUACUAAAUCCAACACUAGUCUGAAAGAAAGGGUUUUUGGUUUUCCUUUGUUUUCUCGCCAUCUCAGACCCAGGAGCGAGAGGCUAAGGCAGAGAUGAGGAGAAAGGCUAAGGAGCUGCAGCAGGCCAGGCGGGACGCGGACCGCUCAGGGAAGAAGUCUCCAGGGUUCUCCGGAGGGUUCGGCAGCACAGGCAGCAUGUCCAGCAGCAGCAACGCUACCAUCAUCACAGACACCCUCAUGGAGCCAGAGAAACCCAAGGCCUCACCUGUCCCUGCUAGGUACUACCCUCGGUAGAUUAGGGUUUUGAGAUGUUUUGAUUGUUGUGGUGAAUGUAUCCUGUGUUUUAUUUGUGAGAUGUAUUUAUUAGUAUAUUUGUUGGUUUUUUUAGGCUCAAUGGAAUUUGUGAAACUUGUUUUGUCAGAAUGUAUUUUUAAUACUGUAGAAAGUUAGGCCUAUGCCUCAUGAGUUAUGUAUUCAUCCACAGGGCUAGUGGUCCCAGUAAGGCCCUGAAGCUGAGUGCCAGAGGGAAGGAGGUAGAUGACUUUGUGGACAAGCUCAAGUCCGAGGGACAAGUCAUCAUGCCCAGCUCAGGGAAGAGGCCCUCCGAGGCAUCCAAAGCCCUGCCUCCACCAGUUAACACAGAGAGGUGGGUUUACCAGGUUCUAUAUUAUAUCCCACUGAUUACAGGCUGCGUGUUUGAGGAAUCAGUUUGCGAAGGCAAGGCGCAGAAUCGCUCAUCUUGAUCCCAUAAUGAGGAGUUAUUUGGGAUGCAAAGUGAUUGUAGAUCAGUGAUUCUGCACAGUCCCGACUGCAAUGUAGUUAGACUCAAACACCUGCAGGUUAAUAUGUCCAACUGUCUCGAACCUCUGCCCUCUGGUUCCCAGUGUGCACCUGCGUUGUGAGGAGAAAAUCAGCCUGACCUGUGGGAGAGACGGAGGGCUACAGAACCUGGAGGUCCUGGGCAUGAUCACCCUCCGAGUGGCCGAUGACAAGAACGGACGCAUUCGCCUCACCAUCAACAACGGAGAUAAGAAGGGAGUCCAGCUGCAGGUAGGUUCCAAACAAAUACAUCAUUGGUUCCAAAGGGGGAAAGGUUCACCACAUCACCACGACAGUUAUACAUGUCAAGGCAUUCAUGGAUUUGGGCUGUAUAAAUCAAGGUUCAAAAUGGCCGCAGUUAGUUGUAUUUGCUUUCGGUGCAGCAUGAGCACGGUUCCACGUUUUAUGCCAUGGGAACUUUAACAAUGUGUUUUAUCGUUUUUCUCCCUCCCUGCUCUGUCCAGACCCACCCCAACGUGGAUAAGAAGAUGUUCACCACAGACUCCGUGCUGGGCCUGAAGAACCCAGACAAGUCCUUCCCUCUGAACAAUGACGUGGGCGUGCUCAAGUGGAGGCUACAGACCACAGAUGACACCCUCAUACCACUAACGAGUCAGUAGACUUUACUAGAGUAUUACGUGUUUCUAUACUAGUGUAUUUCCUCAGUGUUUCUCUCUCUGGAGAGCUGGAAUACAAUGUUCCAAGCAUUCCAACUAUAGUGUUCCAAGCAUUCUAAUAGGUUGUUAUUAAUAAAACGUCACAAGGUGCAGAGUGUUCGAUUUGCCUGCUGGGGGGCAAGGAGAACCCCAGCUCUGCUAAAACCAUGCCGUUUUCAAGGGAUUGUUAAAUAAAUGUUAACUAUUUGGUUGUAAUAUCAUCACCUCUUGAAGAGCAUAGUCACAACUACAGAUUUCUGAUUAUUCCAUGCAAAACAAUUGCGCACAAUUAGCUCUAUCAGAGUUAUACAGCAAGUAACUGCAUGCUUUUCGUGAGCAGUAAACAUCAAUUAAUCAUGUAAUUUCAGAUACGUGAGGGUAGCCUCAUGACAUCUCUCCACCAUUAAUUGGAUAUUUGAGUGAUAAAAAACUAUACCUGUCAAGUAUGAGUGGUUUAUGUAAAUGUACCAUCCUUUAUGGGCUCUGCCUGUCAAGCAGCAGAAGGGAGCAUUUGCCGAUGUACUGUUAGCUGAUGAUGUGCAAGCUACCGGUAGAAAGGGAGGACUUGCCGAAGUAAAGCUCUUUCCAAAAGCCUAAUCUCUGAUGAAGCAAGCUGACACGUUGUUUGCUUAGCUAGCGAGCUAACUACAUGCUAAAUGGAUAGGCUACCCUCACGUACCUUAAAAUACAUGAUCAAUUGAUGUUUGCUGAUCAUGAAAAGCAUGCAGUUAUUGCUGUAUAACUCUGAUGAUAGAGCUAAAUGUAUAAUAAUCGGAAAUGUGUAGUUCUGACUAUGCUCUUCAAGAAGUGGCAUGUUUUAAAGUGAAACUGACAGCGUUUUAACUACUUUGCACAUAUGAAACAGACAGACACUCAUAAUAUUAGUCAAAUAUCAAAUUCCCAGUUUAUGCUUCAAAACCAACUUUUAAAAGAGGUUUCAAAAAUAGGUUCUAUUUGACUCAAAAUUCCAUGACGUACAGUAAGGCAUUGUUGGUAGAAUAGAUGGAUGCCGUUCAAUACAUAAUUAAUACAAUUCACCAAUACAUUUCUUGGAAGUCAAAAAAAUAUUGCUAUCAGGUUGUAAAUCACAGCUGGCCUGAUACAUUGUUUGCUGCCGCCACCCUAUCGGGAUGCACUGUUUCAAUGACUCAAUUUGAACAGAAACUGACAACUGUAACUAAGACUGGGAAUGUCAAUACAAUCAAACUAGUAAGGGCAAUGAUCACAAGUCAAUCAUAACCUGACUAAUAGGCUAGCGCACGUGUCAAACACAAGGCCUGCGGGCCAAAUGGUACACUCAAACGAGUAUAAAUGAGUCAACAGUUGAGUCAUCUACUUCAUGACAUUAUAGCCUGAUGGGCUUGCAUCGGGGAAUUCAAUUGCGCUGCUGUCCUGUGUUGCGUUUACAGCGCGCAGCGGAGGGAAAGUGUACCACAUGCCACAGUACUAGCUAGUCUACUGAAAUGUUGCAGUCUGGCUUCGGUUUUUAAAGCUUGACAAAAAAAAUAAGAUUAUUUAUAUUUUUUGGUUAAAUAUGUUAAAAUGCUAUAUACAGCAUCCUAUGUACCAGUCAAGUUUGGACACACCUACUCAUUCAAGGGUUUUUCUUUAUUUUUACUAUUUUCUACAUUGUAGAAUAAUAGUGAAGACAUCUAAACUAUGAAAUGACACAUGGAAUCAUGUAGUAACCAAAAAAGUGUUAAAACAAAUCAAAAAUAUAUUUUAGAUUUAAGAUUCUUCAAAUAGCCACCCUUUGCUUUGACAGCUUUGCACACUCUUGGCAUUCUCUCAACCAGCUUCAUGAGGAGUGCUUUUCCAACAGUCUUUGUUCGGUUUUAUUUACUGCAGUGUCUAUUAAUUGUCCAAAUGAACAGCUGCUUUCCCACUCUAUAUUGCUAUAGAAUUUUCCAAAAUGCCUUACUAUAUGUAAUUCCCAAACAUUCUAUGAAUUUAUGAAAAUGUGAAAAUGACCAUUUCUAAGUGCUUGCUUGUCAGAAAAUGUAAAAAAAUAAAAUAAAGUGACAUCUUCCUGGGGGUGUAUAUGGACAGAUUUGAAUAAGAUUUCAUGUUGCAAAAAAUACUGUCAGUUCCACUUUAAGCAUUCUAACUGUUGUGUUCUUCUACUUCUCCCCAGUAAACUGCUGGCCCUCUGAGAGUGCCACUGGCUGUGAUGUCAACAUAGAGUAUGAGCUUCAGGAAGAAGCACUUGAACUGAAUGAUGUAGUCAUCUCUAUUCCCAUCCCGUAAGUAAACCACUCUGAAGCACCUCAGAUCCCAUUUCUCAUUUUAUCCUUUCCUUUCUAUACAAUGGAUUCCAUAUUAAUUUCUAAUACUAUGGUCUUAGACACUGUUGCAGUCUGUCAUCUGAGUUUAAUUUCAUAUCUGUCUAUCUGUCCCUGCAGGUCAGGUGUGGGUGCGCCUGUGAUUGGUGACCUGGACGGAGAGUAUCGCCAUGACAGCCGGCGGAAUGUUCUUGAGUGGUGUUUACCCGUGGUGGACUUCAACAACAAGACAGGAAGUCUGGAGUUCAGCAUGGCAGGCCAGCCCAAUGAUUUCUUCCCUGUCAACGUCUCCUUCGUCUCCAAAGGAAACUACUGCGACAUAACUGUCAGUCUUAUUUAUUUAUAUUAUGAUUCACUUUUAUUUCACCAGGCGAGUCAGUUAAAAACAAAUUCUUGUUUACAAUGACGGCCUGUAAGUCUCUACACGCUCUGACUGGCUUUAGCAGUUUGUGAGACCAUGUAGAUGUACAUCUAUUGUAUUAACCUAAUAUUUCCAUUGUGACGGUGUAUAAUGACUCCUGUUACUCCUCUAGGUGGCCAAAGUGUCCCAGGUAGAUGGAGAGGUUCCAGUGAGGUUCUCCUCAGAGACAUCGUUCCUGGUCGACAAGUAUGAAAUACUGUAAUAUAUUCACAUACAGUACUACCAACCAACACCACGAUGACAAGAUCGGUGGAUUGACAUAUGAAAAAACGAAACAAAAUGAAAGUGAGAAGUGGACUUGAAACCCUUUUCAAAAAGAAAAACCCUUCGCACCAUGGCUUGGCUUGCCAGCAUUUGGUGUCUUUGUACCUUUUUACCAGAAAUCUAUCAACUGAUCGACCUAUAGCUGUAUGUAAAAAGAACCGCUCAAUGCACCUGCAAGAUGGAAUGGUAAAGUCAAACGGGACAAGGUUGGGUAACUGUAUCAGGGUUAGGUUGGGUGGACCUGGGGGGUGAUGACAUCUGGGGUGGGCUGUGUGAAUGACACUCAUUGGCCCAGUAUGUAUCAAAUCCUUUGACAGACAGAAUCUGUGAACUAUCGGCUAAUAGUUUUACAGAUAAGUCGUAAUCAUGUACAGAAAUACACUCUUGAUACACAUACUCCAAUACAAACAGGCUUGCGGUCCAUAGUAUAAAACUACAACCACUCUUUGCUUUAGCCAGAAGAACCACACAUUGUGAUUGGUACUGAACUGACCUAAAUAUUAGCUAAAAUGAUUGAGGUUACAUGUUUUAUAGUUUAGCUUCGCUCGCAUUUGAAAGACCUCGUUAUUUAAGAAUUUAUUUUGUAUGACACUGCUCUGUCUACAGGCUAGUUAAUAUAUGAUGUAUAAUGGCAUAUUUGUUUGUGAUAUGCUAUCAAAUCAAAUGCCUGGAGUAGUUCAAUGCUGAAAAAAGUUGGUUUUGUACCAUACCAGUACAACUCAAGCACUGUAGUUGUUUGCAUUUUUUGCAAUGGAGGGAGCUCAUUCAAAGAAAAAGUCCUGUCUGAGAUUUGGACUGUUAUAAUAAAUCUGCUUAUCAAAUGGAAAUUAUCAAUCCGAGAACCAUAACCCUCUAACGCUCCAAACAUCAAACCUUUAUAUGCCAUUUAUCAGAUGCUUUUAUCUUAAUCAAUUUACAGUACAGUGAGUAUACGUACAUAGUACAUAGUAUAACGUACGUAACCCCAACGGGAAUCGAACCCACGACCCAUGCUCUUACUAACUGUGCCACAGGAGAACCCUGUCCAUCACCACCACCCACAGUCCAACCGCCAACCAGCCCCGUUGCAACAAGCCCCCAUGGUUAUGUAUGAAUGAAUGUCAGGGCUCUUCUCUUGUUUCAGAGUGUGUCUAUAUAAAUGGCCAUAUUCACCUUGACUGUGCUAAUGAUAUACAAUUGAGAGAGGGAAAAGUUAAAUAAUAUUUGUAUUGUUGUUGGAUUUUUUUUCUUCGUUAUUCUGAAUUGUGUGUGAUUCAGAUUGUUGGUCGAUGGGGAGAUUGGAGGUAAAUAAGUGAAUCAGACUUUUGUAACCCUAUAGAAUAAUGAUCAUGGGUAAUUAACAUUCCAAUGUAAACAUUAAAAAGAUUAAAGUGUAUUAUAAACCCUGAAGAUGAUCCUAUAAUGAAAUAUUUUCAGAAUGAAUGAUGUGCUUUACCAAGGUCAGUUGUGUCAUCAUUUCUAUAAGCAGUCUUGUCUAGUGACGGCAUGCAAAACAUGGUUUCCACAAUCGAAGUAUGUUUGAGUACUGAUAGAUGUGGUACUAUGUUCUGUGGUUACUAGAGUAGUAACAGCGUGUGAAAAAAGGUUUUACAUUAUUUGUUAUGGCAUGGAUGUACAGGUCACAGGUGGAAUACAAGACCAGAGUUUAACAUAAUCUGUUGGUUUGAUCCAAAUGUCUGAUGUUCUGAUUUCUUCCAUGCACUCAAUGCUUCCAAUAAUCCCAGUCAUGGUAUGUAAGUGUUAAACCUUUUUGAGGUGAAGCUUUGAGAAAACUGUUCUGUCCCUGUCUACUAUUCAGUAGGGUAACACUAGCAGAACGCUGCACAAAACAAACAAAAAAGUAUUUGUAUUGGGCAAGUUCCGGUAGUACCUCCCGGUUUCAAUCCAUUUCUAAACAUUUUCUCCCUACUGAACAGGUGGUCCCAUGAGCUCAACCCACCUCCAUAGAGGAUAUUCGGGCCAUGUCACUAGAGCAACUGGAUGAUCCUUCAACAAGUUCUGAUUGAAUCUGGGGGGGAAAAAACAUUAUUUUGCUUUUAUUCCAUC